AUGAAUUUUGUAAAGAAGUGUAAGAGGGUAUUGAGAAGCAGCAAGAGAUUGUGUGAUCCACAAGACAGCUAUGGCAAAAUAUCAAAGAAACAGCAUAAGCAAAAGGAAAUUAGUAAUCAUAAGAAACCACCACAUGGUUGUCUUUUUAUCUACGUUGGACCUGAGAGACAAAGAUUCGUAAUCAAGAUCAAAAUAUUCAAUCACCCUUUGUUCAGAAUGCUUUUAGAAGGCGUUGAGAAUGAAUAUGGAUAUAGAAACGAUGGUCCUCUAUGGAUUCCUUGUCAUGUUGAGUUGUUCUGUGAAGUACUUGUGGAGAUAGAGAGUGGUGUGGAUGAUAGGGGUUUUGUUGGUUGCAGUUUUCCGAGAAGUCAUAAACACAAAUCAGUUUCACAUUAUUCUUCAUUGUCUUGUGGUUCUAACCUUAUUUUGUUUGAUGCAAAUGACGGAGUUUUGGUAUGA